AUGAACGUUGACUGGACCGUUACGAGUACUCUUUACAGUAAUUGUGUCAACUGGGUCACCCACCAACCACAACACCAUGUUCACAUCAUCCAGACGCUGACCGACUUCAAAAGUGUACCAAGUACUAGUGUGACAAUGCCAUCCGAAUCCUUGCUUCAGCAUCACGCCUUGCCUUGGGCGAAAAGGGUGCGCAUGUCUCUUUCUGGUCUGAAAUAUGGCUGGGCAACUCAGCUCAGCUCAGCUGCUGUGUUGAUACUAUCGGGCAGCCCAAUCUACGAUAGGAAUUUAGGUUACGGUUACUUCGUACCACCGAAUCAUCGUGGCGAGACGCCCAUGAUUUGUCACAACCAGAAACCUCUGAUACCCGAUGCAUACACCACAACCAUUAUUGCUCUGCUCCCCAAUGCAUACACCACAACCAUUGCUCUGUUCCCUAAUCCGGUCUUUUCAUUGUUGCUCAAAGAAGGAUCGAUCGACUUUGCCUAA